UGUUAAAGAAAGACUUUAAUUCAAAGUUUGAGAGUUUUAAAAACAAAUACAACAAAAAGCCAUCUAUACCUAGUCUAAGUAAUCUCAGAUCGAAACUUCAGGCUCCUCUUAGAUUUAGAAGAACUGUAGAUGUAGAACCAUGGAAUAGUUGGAAAGAUAAGUUGCAGCAGAAGAAAAAUGAGUUCCUAGGAAGUUUAAACAUUAAUGAUUUAGUAUCAAACUUUGACAGACAGAGAGAACAAGUUCAGGCCAAACUCGACAUGGAGAAAGUUCAAUCUAAGUUCGAGGAUGCCAAAAACAAGAUAUUAGGAGCGAUGAAUUUAAAUGAUUUAAAAUCCAGAAUUCAGGAUGCACAUGACAAAUUUCUCCAAAGUUUCGAUAUCGGUGAUGUGCAAUCCAAACUUGAAGAAGCAAAAAACAAUCUUUUAAGAAGUUCAAAUUUGGACGAUAUUAAGGAAAGAUUUAAUGACGUAAUUUCAAAGUGGGACGAACAAAAAAAUGCUUUGUAUAACAGAAGGUCAAAAAGAUCGGCGACAAAAUUAGGUUCAAUACGAUCUAAGUUGGCACAUAAAAGGCAAAUAAGUGCCUUAUUAAAAAGUCGUAUGAAAGAAAUGAAUAAAAAGGGGAACCUUCGGAGAAAUAGGAGGGAUAUCAACAUGAAUUUGUUGAAUUUAAAAUCGAGGACUGAUAGUACGGGACUACCGACUACACCUAAACAUCUUUCAAAUUUGCCGUCUUUUAAAAAACCAUUAGAUUUAAGUGAAAGAAGUAGUGAAGAGUUUAUGUCAAGUUCAGAUGAAAUUAACCUCGACUCUGGUGAGUCAAAACCGCCGACACCUAAAAAGAAAAUAGACAUUUUCAACUUGCCUAGACUUAAACCGAUGCACCUUCCAGUGAGCCCCAAGUCACGAAUAAACCAUGAGAAGGAGCAACACCCGUGCGAAGAGGAAAUAUUUGGAAAAGGAAUUAUUUCUGGUUCUCCCGAUGAGCAAUGGGCCCAUUUUAAAAAGUUAGACGACUGCUUCCACAUGUUCAAUGAGAAAAAAUCUAGCGAUGGCUUCACAAAAAAACUGUCGGAUUAUCUUAAAGAUCCUGUGGCAACGCAAAAGAGUGAUGAAAUAGACUUGUCCCUGGAUGACGGUAUGGAUUUUGAUUUUAAAAGGAAAAGGAGGGAUGCCGAAGUAACACACGGUGGCAAAGGCUUCACAAAAAAACUGUCGGAUAAUCUUAAAGAUCAUGUUGAAGUGCAAGAGAGUGAUGAAUUAGAGUUGUCCCUGUCCCUGGAUGAUGACGAUAUGGAUUUUGAUUUGGAGAGGAAAAGGAGGGAUGCCGAAGUAACACACGAUGAUGUGGAAAAAUAUAAAAAGAUGUUGCAUAAGAAAAUCGCAGACUUAGAAAAAGUUAUCAAGCAAGAUCGCAAAAAAAUUGUUGAGGACAAGCUUAGAAUGCAAAAGGAGCGUGUAAAAGCAUUAAAAGAUAAAAGUCUUAAAAAAGUGCAACCAGAAAAUAUAGUCACUAGCGAAAUUUCUACAAAUGCAACAAGUGAUGAGUCUAAAAUAAAUAAAUUAAAUAUUCUCAAAGAAAAACUGAGGCAAGCGAAAGUCGAAUCUGCCAAAAAUACGGACGCACUCAAAAAGAAACGCAAAGAAGAACUUGACAAGAUCGUGACACAGCUCAAUAAGAGCAAAGGAAUAGUCAGUAGACUAAGUGCAGCUGCAUUAGAUAUUGGGCAAUCGAGUAAACCUGUUGAGAAACCAAAUAUUUUAGGGGAUAUUGAAGACAAACGAAAACAACUAUUAAUAAAAUCUGAAAUGAAGGAAAUAGAAAUGCUUAAGAAAAGAUUGGAGAGGCGAAAGAAAAUUCUUGAUAGACUUAUAAAUGAAGGAGUAUAUAAUGAAAAAAAUGUUGAAGAAAGUACUUCCACACCACCUAGUUUACUAAAUGAUGUUAUAGAUAAAAAAGUGGAACCCGAAAAAAUAGAGGAGCAUAAUAAUGUUGACAUUUUCCAUCAAAAUAUGUUCAAAAUUAAAACAGAACCGAAAUUGGCCAAAGAAGAACCCACAAAAUUUGCAACACAUAAUAAUAAAAGUAACAUCAUACAUUUCGUAGAUGGUAAUGGAAAUUCUACAGAAAAAUCCUUAGAAGGGACAUUGGGUUUACCAUUAGAAUUAGGGGAGUCUGGCAAAACAGAAAAAUCUAACGAUUCAACAAUAGAAAACGUAACUGAAAAUGAAUUAAUUGAAGAAAUGAAUACUCAAAAACCAGGAACGACUUCUCAGAACACUGUUGAUGAUACCCUAAGUGCCCCUGAACAUAUACAAGUCACAGAUAAAAUUACUGAAGUAACAGACAAAUCUGUUAUCGAAUCCCAAUUAAAUUCUUCCCCAAGAAAUGUAAAUACUGAUGAAACGUUAAAUAUAAAGAAAGAGGAAAACCUUAAUGGUAAUCAAGAAGGAAUGAAUUUGUCUGAAAAUGAAAUAGACGAUACUCUAAGUGCUCCUCCAACUGAUGUCUUUGAUGGUGUACAUGUUACAGAAAAUAUUCCAAAAUUGGAGGGCAAUGAUCAAUCAAAAUCAAAUUCAGAACAUUCAAGUAAUGACGCAAAAAUUUAUUUUGUAGAUUCUGAGGAACAACUGCAAUCCACAAAGAAAGAUCUUAUAAUUGAUGACUCCAUCCACAACAAGCUUCAAGAAAACAAUCCACAAAUUCAAACUAAAGAAUCUGAUAAGAUAGAACAAACAACUGUAUCGCAUGAUAUAACUGAAUCUUCUACUGAACCUAAUUUGGGAUCUACCGUUGAUGAUAAUAAACAUGAAACUACCUUACAGUUAGUUAAUAAUGGUCAAUUCACUGAAGAUAAAAUAAAGAUUAAAACUCAUACAAAAAACAGAAGCUUAGUUAAUCAACUAGAAGAACUUGAAAGAAAACUGGAAGAAAAAAUGGCACAAACAGUAAAAGAAAAUGUUGACAAAUCAAACAACGAAACUGAAUCUUCAAAAACACACGUGUCGCAAGCGGAGAGCAACAUUGUUAAAAUGUUAGUAGAUAAUUUAGAAGCAACUGAUGAAACUCAAGAAACUAAAGCUACGGAAGUGGUAUCAACGACCGAAAAUCAAUUACAAACCGUUCAAGAGGAAGGCCAAGAGAAAACGACCGUUCCAAAUACUGUUGAGGUCGCUUCUCAUUUAGAUCCACUUCAGACCUUAGCCGAAGGAAUGCUUGAGGCAGCAACCGACAAUGUGCAAGAAGGUUCUCAAUCAAGUACCACUGAAAGUCUGGACGACAUUAAACCCGAAAAAAGAAAAAGAUCCGUUUCGGCGUUUGGUAAAACGUUUGGGGAUUACCAACCAAGAACCGUAAACUUGAGAAAAUGGAAACCUGAAGAUAUACUUUCCUUGAAGAGGGUCAGCAUGGUGUCGAGAAACGGCUUUAGACCUAGUGGGGAUAACAAUAUUUACAGAUCAUUUUUGGAUACCAAGAUGGGUAAUACACAUUUUAAAAACAAACGCAGCACAGAUAUUGAUUUGAUGUCGGUGGAAAAAGAUGUGGACAGUGCUAUGAACGACAUAGAUGCUGAUUAUCAGUUUAACAACCGGAUUGCACAACAUUCUAGUGCUGAAAGCAACGAUGAUAUUUUUAAGAUGGAGGAAAGGAAGGCUCAUUAUGGGGACAGUUACGAUGGUGAAGAUUUGAACGGCAUUACGAAGGAAUCGGUCGUAGAAUCAGAGACAAUUAUGGAUGACAAGAAGGAGCCGCUUGUAAGCUACGACGAUAAGAUGACAUUUGGAUCGAAGCAGAAAAAACCUAUUAAGCCCCAAUCUUAUGAUUACAUCCAGAAGAUAUUGCCCAGAGAUGAACAACAUGCUAUUACUAAGUUGUUUAGUAAUUUAAAUGGAUUGCUGCAGAGCAUUGGGAAGAAAUUUGAAACCUCUUUCAAGAGUAUAUUUUUGUAAAUUAUUCUUUGUGUUUAGGAUAAGUUAAACAUUUUUGUAUAGUUGUGUAUAAUAAAUAAUAAAAAAUAA